GCAUCAUUCCCUCCGAACCCUAUAUAUUCCUAGUGUCUGCGCAAUUCUUCACCCAAUUUCAUUGAUUCUAUCAACUCCCUAACCAUCCUCUCUAUCCGUCUACUGAGAAGCAACAUGCACCUCCAUUCCUCCCUCCUCACCACCCUUGCCCUCACGGCAAGCGACACCCUCGCAUCCGCCUCCCUCCCCGUCCGCACCGUCUACCAAUUCUCCUCCAACGACACCUGGCUCGAGAACCUCGCCGUCCGAUCCAACGGCAUCAUCCUCGCCACCGAGAUCGGCCCCCCCGCCAGCCUCCUCGCCUUCGAUCCGCGCUCUCCAAACCCAAAGAAGAACGUCCUGCAUACCUUCAACAGCGUCCUCGGCCUUUCCGGCAUCACUGAAGCAGCCCACGACAUCUUCUACGUUACCGGCGCGAACACCACCUCCGCCAAUAUCGGGGACCCGCCCGCAAACGCCACACACGUCUGGCGGGUGGAUUUCACCACCGGCACUGACACCAACCCUAAUAUUACCCUCAUUGCGCGCCCCACGGCCCCGACGGGAUUCAAUGGCUUAGCGGCGUUUAAUGAGACGAUUGUUCUGGCGUCGACGUCAUAUCAGGAUUCGAUUUUCGCGAUCGAUAACCACGACCGGACUAUCAAUGGAUUGAAAGUGAAAGAUGGGUUCGUGUAUUGGACUGCCGGGGCUGACUUUUGCAGAGCACCCCUAUAUGAGAAUGUCACGGCCGGGGCGGGUGAGGUGAUUGCCAAGGGCACCUCGUUUGAUGAUUUUGCCGUGUCGCCGGAUGGGUUCCGUGCGGGCAGUGGUCGGAAGUUUGCGUAUGCGGCGACGGCAGCGCAGAACUCGGUCAUGCAGAUUAGUUUUGAUUUGAAUGGGGGAAGCAAUCAAACUGAGGUGGUUGCGGGGGAUGGGGAAGUGAAUGUGUUGUAUGCCACGACGGGUGGGGGUAGUGGAGUGGCGGUUGAUGUGAAUGGCACUGAUGUUGCUGUUGGGGCGCAGUUGUUGGCGAUCCGGUUGGAUUAGGGCUGAGCUGGAUGCUGCGAAGGGAGUGUGGGAGGUGACCCAUGACUAGUUUUGUAUGAUAGGAGAUAAGGCGGACGACGACAAUUGUACUAUCAGAUCUAAGGCAGAAUCGUGGACUUCUGUAGGAGUUCCAGACUACUAUUGCUACAUGAUACUGCUGGCUUUUUGCAU